AUGCCAUCUCCAAUCUCGCCGCUGAAUAGUUAUAUCCCACCAACCCCAUCAUCCCCCCUCUCCGCAGAGACAUUCCACAUCGCCGGCAUACUGACCACAGUCUUUGGCCUCGCCGAGAUCCCUCCAGAUGCCUCAGAGAUCGUGUGUCUAUGGCUGCUACAUCCCCGCCAAGACUCGCAAAAAGACAUGGUCGGGUUGGCGACGGCGAUAGUUCACGAUUACUACGACAGGAGAAAGAAGUCUUCCGCCAAUUCGAAGCAAAAGGGAUUUAUAGCCGUAGCCUUUGAUGCUAGAAAUCAUGGAACGCGGGAGAUUGAUCCCAUGGCCAAUCAGGCAUGGAAGUCAGGCAACGAGAACCAUGCUCCGGACAUGUUCUCAGUAUAUUUUGGCACUGCACAGGAUACCUCCACCUUGAUCGAUUUUCUGCCGGCAUAUAUUUUCCCGAACUCAGAACGCUCCAUCUCAGGCCAUUUUGCGCUGGGCGUCUCUCUUGGGGGGCACGCCACCUGGCUGUGCCUGUUACAUGAACCGCGCAUUACAGCUGGUGUUGUGGUCGUUGGCGCCCCUGACUUUGUAGCCCUCAUGGCGGAUCGAGCUCGCCUCUCGAAACUAACAUCUUGGCUUCAGGGUGAUGCACCAGGAAGUGGUUUCUUAGGGUCAAAGCACUUCCCGACUGGACUUUUGGAGACGGUCCAGAAGAAAGAUCCUGCUGCUGUUCUGUCUGGCCAAUUGGAUGCCUCAAAGAAGAUUGAGUUUAUUAGAACUGGUGUUUAUGCUCAUCCAGCUGAUGAUGAUGAGGGCAAGGCGAAGACCCAAUCUAUUUUGGAUCGUCAUCUGCGCGGCAAAAGAAUUCUAUGCUUGUCUGGAGCAACCGAUAAGCUAGUUCCAUAUCGUCUCUUCGAGCCCUUUAUGUCAUGGCUGAAAGGGAUUGUGACCCCUGCCGGUGGUAAUGGUGGCGACGGAGAUAUCUAUCUGGAGGACAUCGUCUUCAAGAAUACUGCUCAUGAGCUUACUGAGGCAAUGAUGCAAGAAGUCUUGCGCUUCAUGUAUGAUUCUGUGUUGGCUCUCGAUAGACCGAAUGGUGCGAAGGUAGCAAAAAUCUAA